AUGGCAGCACCUCCGCCUGGCCAAACACCAUUACAUACCAAAGAUGCUGCAGGCGCAAAAAGAGGGUUUCGACGCUACAGGUGGGAAUUCAAAGACAGCAAUAAACAAUUCUGGAUUAUGGGUCACGCCGAGGUCAAGAUCCUGACUUUGGUCUGCAUGUUCGUUGGACUACACAUCUUUGAAACAACGACUACACACCCAAUUCUGAUUCUGCUUCUCACUAUGGAAGUGUCCAUUAUCGCUUUCUUCAUCUUCCUUAACUCCUUUGCCAUCCACAGAUACAUGCCUUUCAUCUUCUGGCCUAUUACUGAAAUCUUCAAUGACCUCUUCGCCUUUGUGUUCCUGGUAGGCGGCAUAGUCUUUGCUGCAAAGGCUAGACGAGUGAUGCCACAGCCCUACUUAACAGCUGUGAUCCUUAUGGGAGUUGCUGCGAUUUUGGCUAUUGUGGACCUAUGUCUUCAAAGGAGACACCUCAAAGGCAAGAAGAUCCCGAAGGGUAUUCUGACACAAACAAGCCUCGGUUUACUGAUGGAGACAGUUACCAAAAAGGAAGAGGCAGCCAUCCGAAAGGCAAAUGAUGCAAUUGAGAAAGCAGAAAAGGAGAGAAGGAAGAUGGAGAAAAAGAAGUGA